AUGUUGUCCAACGACAAGUUCUACCAUUCUUCUUCUCCUCCUUCAUUCGGUUCUCUUGAAAUGAAAAAACAAUUUUAUACCGAUUUGAACUAUACCAAUUUGAAUCAUGGUUCCUAUGGAUCUACACCUAAACAAGUGUUACAAGCUAAUUUUAAUUAUCAAGUUGAAAUGGAAACAUCUAUCGAUGAAUGGUUCAGAAUUAAGGUCAUUCCAAAAUAUAAUCAAUCUCGUCAAAUUCUCUCUAAAAUGAUUGGUUCUCAACAUGAAGAUGAUGUUGUAUUGGUUGAGAAUGCAAGUGCUGCGAUUAAUGCUAUUUUUAGAUCCUAUCCAUUUCUUGAACACAACAACAAUCUUCCAACAACUAGUUGGAACAAGAAGAUUCAAGAUACUUUGAAGAAACCACUGACCAUUCUCUAUUUCAAUACUGCUUAUGGAAUGGUUAAAAAAACAUUGGAAUAUAUUCAUGAUUUUUAUGGAAUUGAAUUAUUAGAAUUGAAUUUCACACUCUCAGAUAUUCAAAGUGAAGAGAAUAUUCUAAAAAAAGUACAGUCCUUUACACUCUCUCAUUUGAAUACUCAUGAUAUUAAAAUUGCUGUCAUGUGUCACAUUGUAUCAACACCAGCAAUUACAUUACCAGUGAAACAAUUAGUGGAAAUAUUUAAAGAACAUUCCAUUGCAACCAUUGUGGAUGGUGCUCAUAGUAUUGGUAACAUUGCAUUCAAUGUUUCUGAAAUUGAUUCUGAUUAUUAUUUAUCAAAUACUCACAAAUGGUUAUUCACACCAAAGACUGGUUGCCUUAUAUGGAAAAAUCCAAAAGCAUCUUUCCAAAUACAUCCAACAGUCAUUAGUUUCUAUUACACAAAUACUCCUCAACAGAGUUAUCAAAAAGAAUUUUCAUAUAUUGGAACCAGAGAUUAUUCAUCCUAUUUAUCUAUUCAAGAUGCUAUUGCAUAUAGACAAUGGUUAGGAGGUGAAGAAAAGAUUCAACAUUACAAUUCUCAAUUAGCCAUUCAAAUUGGUGAAUUGUAUUCAAAAUUAUUUGGAACUCAUGUGAUUACUCAAGAUAAGAGAUUAUGGGGUGGUGCAAUGGUGAAUAUUAAAUUACCAUUAGAAUUUGGUGAAGAUGUCACUUUUUGGACUCGAGUUCAAAAUAUACUUUUAGAAAAGUAUAGAUCGUAUGUCGUAUUCUUUGAAUUUGAUUCUAAAAUGUAUUGUAGAAUAUCUGCACAGAUUUACAAUGAAUUGAAGGAUUAUGAGAGAAUUGGAAAGGCUAUCUAUCAAGUUGCAAGAGAACUGAAAGAAGAAUUGUAG